UAUGUGAUCCCGCCUCAUCCUUAUCUCUCUCACUUCUCAUGUGACACAUGGAGAAGACUGUAGGAAAGAAACCGGUUUCUGGGAGAGUCCAACCUUGCUGCUACUCGUGUCUUGUGUACGGCGUGUCAGUCGUGCAGUGCUCCACGUGUGACAGCAAGUCUCUUGUGGCAGGGCUUCGCAGUUGUUCCUUGCCAUUUGAUACUUUGGAAAGUCACGUUUAAGGCAGUGAAGAUGGUGUGUUGACUUACUUAUCGUCGCUCUUAGUGAGCGUUUCAAGCCUUCGUUCUUCCUGUCACCAAGUCAGAGCCAUAAGCGAUAGCAUGGAUGUCUCGACUACUGAUGCACCAUGCACAAGUGUCACUCAUGACGAAGACGAUAGUGGAUUGCCUGAUUUGGAAAAGGAACUGGAUGUCGACAAACCCUUGGCUGAACACCGGAGACACAUGACGUCGCAAGAUGAGGUGCCGGGCCGCCUGAAGCGCGGUCUACCAGGCUUGGGUAAUCAAUGCAUCGUCUGUGGCGCUACAUUUCGCCUUUGGCCUAAACUGCGGAAGCACAUGACGACCCACGAUCCUGUCCCCCAUGAUUCGAGAUUGUUAGACGAGUGCCACCUGCCGGACGGGACCAUCCAGUGCCUUGUAUGCGGCAAAUUCGCAGCAAAUAUGAACAGCCUUCGCCGCCAUUGGGCCACCCACACAAAUGCUCGGGUAUUCACUUGUCCAAAGUGUCCGCGUACCUACAAGAAGAGCGUCGAUUUUCUUGAACACUUCAAGAGAGCCCACACUGCGCUCGCCAGGAGCUACUCAUGUGAUCAGUGCAGCUAUACAACUGUCUACCGCAAUGCGCUUCGUGCUCAUAAAUUAAGACAUGCAGGAAUGACUGGAAUAGUCCCAAGAGAACGCUGCCAAGUCUGCUUUAAGGUGUUCUAUAGAAGCACACUUGUAACGCAUUAUUAUCGACACACGGGAGAAAGGCCUCACAAGUGCAAACGAUGUGGCUCGGGCUUCGCCAGUGCCUUACGCCUAAGGAACCAUGUCAGAUAUGUGCAUCAGAGGGCAGAACGUGCUACUGACGAUGCAGAGCUAAAACCACGUAGAGCACAGGUACGUACAGGUCUACCAGGCUUGGAUAGUCAAUGUGUCGUCUGCGGCAAGACAUUCUCCUGGUGGCGUAAACUGAGGGCACACAUGUCGACACACGAUCCUGUUCCCCAGGAUUUCAAAUUGCUGCACAAACGCCGCGCGGCGGACGGGACCUUUCAGUGCCCUGUCUGCGGCAAACACUUGAAAAGCCUGAGCUAUCUACGCCAACAUUACUCCUACCACACGAAUGAUUGCAUCUUCAGCUGUCCAAAGUGUCCACGUACCUACAAGACAUCUACGAUGUUCCUUGUCCACUUCAAGAGGGCCCACACUACGCUCGCCCGGACGUAUGAAUGCAAUCAGUGCAACUUCAAGACCCGCGGCGGGACAUAUUUUCGUACUCAUCAGUUAAAACAUGCCGGAAUUAACCAAAGUGAACGGUGCGAAGUUUGCUUCAAGGUCUUCAAGACGGGCACACUUUUUCACUAUUACCGACACACGGGUGAGAAACCGCAUGUGUGCAAACAGUGCGACAUGGGCUUCAUCAAGGUCUCCUACCUAAAGCGCCAUGUCAAAACCGUGCAUGGAGGUGCACGACGUGCUCCCCUCCACGCGGGACUCCGGAGACGACGUCCAGCACAGCAAACCGUUGAAUCCUCUGAUGCGGUACACGGUACAAGUGAUGCUGGUGAUGAGGCAUACAGUGGAUUACCUGGUCUGGAAAACAAAUGCGUCGUCUGUGGUGAUGUCUUCGAAUCCUGGGCUCCACUACGGAGGCACAUGACGUCACACGAUCCGACUCCAUCGGACCCAGCAUUCUUCGACAAGUGCCACAUGGUAGACGGGUCCAUUCGGUGCCUUAUUUGUGGUAUAGAACACGAGAGUAUGAGCCAAAUGCGCUUCCAUUACGCCUGCCACACGGAAGCUCGAGUCUUCGCUUGUCCAAAGUGUCCACGUGCCUUCAAGACAACCUCAUAUUUCCUCAUCCACUUCAAGAUGGUCCACAGCACGCCGAUCGUACAUAAGUGUGAUCAGUGCGAAUACACGACCGUCUACAGCAACAGUUUACGCACUCAUAAAUUAACACACGCGGGAAACACCGGCAGAGAACGGUGCGAAGUUUGCUUCAAGUUCCUCAGAAAGCGCUCGCUUUUACCUCACUACUACCAGCACACGGACGAGAGGCCGUACAAGUGUCAACAGUGCAAGUCCAGCUUCGUCCACACUUCGCACCUGGAUAACCACGUCAGAUAUGUACACGAGAAACCCAAGAAAAGCACAGCACUGGUACGCACGGAGGCCUAUCCAGACAGCGGUCCACCAGGCCUGAAUAAUCGAUGCGUCGUCUGUGGCGAUACAUUUUCACUAUGGCGCAAACUGAGGGCACACAUGACGACGCACGAUCCUCUUCUCCAUGAUGCGAGACUGCUGAAAGACUGCCGCUUGCCGGACGGGACCAUUCAGUGCCUCGUCUGCGGUAAACUCGAAGGAACCAUGUCCACCCUUCGCACCCAUUUCGUCAGCCACACGGACGCUCGCGUGUUCACAUGCCCAAGAUGUUCGCGUACCUACAAGUCGAGCGCAAACUUCCUCGCCCACUUCAAGAGGGCCCACACCGCGCUCGCCAGGACUUACGAUUGCGAUCGGUGCGACUACAGGUCCUUCUACAGCGUGGGCCUCCGCAGACAUAAAUUAAAACACGAAGGAAAAGCCGAGAGGGAACGCUGUGAAGUGUGCUUCAAGGUCGUUUUAAAGGACCGACUUUUAUAUCACUACUACCUGCAUACGGGAGAGAAACCGCACGCGUGCAAGCAAUGCGACCGUGGCUUCCCCUGUGCCUCCCUACUCAAGAUACACGUCCAAUACGUCCAUGAGAGAGCGGCGGUUGCGUCAGGAUCUGAACGUGUGGGACUGAAGAGUCGUUCAGCUCAGGCACGUACAGGGCCUGUUGAAGACAGCGCUUCGCCAGGCUCAGACGACCAAGAUUUAGCCCUCGGUUAGACGUCACCCUAGGCAUUUACAGUGGGCACCCAGGCGGGCACAGAAUUCUGCUUCCGUGUCUCGGACUUGUACGACAAUUGCUGCUUGGCCGGCGGACUAUCCAGUGUCUUAACGCGUUCAACUUGGCGGGCAACAGUACCGACAGAAGGACAGAUGAAGAUGUGCCUUAUUUGAGCGUGUGCGUGCAAAGUAUCAGCGAAAGAACUGGCUCUAACAAGCCAGUAGCGGCAGCAGUUAUACUAAUCGUGUUACUGUGACGAUGUGGUCAAUCCAUUGAUCUGUAUGUAACGCGCAAGAAGAGGUCAUGUUUUAAUAUUUUAAUUCCUUCGCUGCCCUGCUCCAGUGGUUCUGUUCAAUAUUGUCUUUAGAUAAAAUGCUUCUUGUCCUGAA